CUAUAAAGCAUGCAAGUUUCGCUGCAAAUUAUAUUACCAAAUAAUAUUUUUUUCUCUAUCAAAUGGAUCCUGCUGAUUAUGAUCUAAUGGAUUCAGCUUUAUACGAAGCACUGGUGGAAGGAAACCAAGAAGAAGUAGAUGAAGCUCUUUGGUCCAAGAUGGUGACGCCAAAGGGAAACACUAUGCUUCAUAUCGCGGCUCUAUAUGGUCACACGCAUUUGGUGCAAAAGAUUCUGGAAAAGCACAGAUCUUUGUUAUGUGCAGUGAACAACAAAAAUGAAACUGCGCUUCACAUUGCUGCCAGGGAAGGCCACACUGGCGUAGUCUCUGAGCUCAUCCGCUGUGCCAAAGCGCGGCCAGAGCUAGAAUCUGGGAUAGGAGGAGCGAGAGAUAUGGUGAGGAUGAUGGAUGGCGAUAAAGACACAGCUUUGCACAAGGCUGUGAGGAAAGGGCAUUUGGAAGUUGUUAAAUUGGUGGUGAAAGAGGAUCCGGAAUUUGAGUUUGGUGCCAAUGAGGCAGGGGAAACCCCACUUUACCUAGCUGCAGAGCUGCAAUUUCAUCAGUGUUUGGUCGAAAUCUUGAACAAUUCCCAGAGACCUGUUUUCGAUGGACCUCUUGGCCGAACUGCCCUUCAUGCAGCAAUAAUUCAUAGUGAACCCCCAAAAGAUUCCACAAAGCUAUUGUUGGAAAAAGAAGCAUCUUUGUGUGAGGUGGGUGAUGAUUGGGGCUGGACACCAUUGCACUAUGCUGUAAGACUAAAUAAUGAGAAAGCUGUUGAGCAGAUUCUGCAAGUAAAGAGCAGUGCAGCAUACAUCCCAGCAGGGGGCAAAGAAGGUGAGUGGACAACUGCACUUCAUAUAGCAGUAAGUGAAGACUCUGUUGUAUUGUUCAAACAGAUAUUACAGCAUUGCCCACUCUGCUGGGAAAUGGUUGAUAGCAAAGGUCGAAAUAUCCUUCAUGAAGCAAUCUUGAAUGAUGCAAGAAAGGCUAUAAAAUUUAUCUUAAAUUCUCCAAAAAUGGAUCACCUUGUUGAUGAGAGAGACGAGGAUGGCAACACUCCUCUACAUUUGGUUGCAGCUUCCAACAACUAUGUGCCAGAAUUGAUCCAUCAUCCUAGGUUGAGUGGCGCCAUGGUUUUUAACAAACAACACUUGACUCCAUUGGACAUUGCAUCUCGGGUGGGAUCAGGCUCAGUUGGCAAGCGUGGCGACCUAACAAUGAAAACAAAGAGGAACAACGAAACCAGGAUGGAAAUGACACAGGAAAUGAGAGUUCCUAAGGAAAGGUCUGUUAGUAGUGCGGGGAAGAUGGCUAAGGCACACAUUGUGGUGGUGGCUCUAAUAGUCACAGUGACCUUUGCAGCGGGGAUGGCAGUGCCAGGAGGGUACAACGACGACAAUCAGGGCGAAAAGCAAGCAGGGAUGCCAAUUCUGUUAAGAAAAUCUGCUUUCAAAGCAUUUGUUGUUACUAAUGCUAUUGGCUUUGUGGCCUCCAUAUCUUCUCUGAUUGGAUACAUCAUGUUGGUGGAAGAAAUUUCGAGCUUUGGGAGACCAAAAGUUGUUCGCAAGCUUGUUUGCUUCUCGAUUCUUUUGCUUGAUUUAUCGUUGACAGCGCUGAUACUUGCAUUCAUAACGGGGAUGUUUGCAGUUUUAACAGUACAUUCAUCUGCUGUUGCGGUGGGAGUAUGCAUUGGCGUCUCCAUAUGUAUCAUUGGCAUCAUUAGUGUCCUCCUCUUCUUGGGGUACAAUGAACACUGGUGGAUUGUAAGAAAAUUAUUCAACUUUUUCAACAAACUUGUUCUCUAUCAAAUGGAUCCUGCAGCUGCUUCUUUACCCUUGGGUUAUGAUCUAAUGGAUUCAGCUUUAUACGAAGCAAUGGUGGAAGGAAACGAAGAUUUAGAUGAAGCUCUUUGGGACAAGAUGGAACAACAUGGCGGCCGCCAGGUAACGCCAAAGGGUAACACUAUCCUUCAUAUCGCGGCUCUAUAUGGUCACACGCAUUUCGUGCAAAAGAUUCUGGAAAAGCACACAUCUUUGUUGUGUAUCGUGAACAAGAAAAAUGAAACUGCCCUUCACAUUGCUGCCAGGGAAGGCCACACUGCCGUCGUCUCUGCGCUCAUCUGCUGUGCCAAAGCGCGCCCAGAGCUAGAAUCUGGGAUAGGAGGAGCAAGAGAUAUGGUGAGGAUGAUGGAUGGCGAUAAAGACACAGCUUUGCACAAGGCGGUGAGGAAAGGGCAUUUGGAAGUUGUUAAAUUGGUGGUGAAAGAGGAUCCGGAAUUUGAGUUUGGUCCCAAUGAGGCAGGGGAAACCCCACUUUACCUAGCCGCAGAGCUGCAAUUUCAUGAGUGUUUGCUCGAAAUCUUGAACAAUUCCCAGAGACCUGUUUUUGAUGGACCUCUGGGCCGAAAUGCGCUUCAUGCAGCAAUAAUUCAUAGUGGGGGCCCAAAAGAUUCCACAAAGUUAUUGUUGGAAAAAGAAGCAUCUUUGUGUGAGGUGGGUGAUGAUUGGGGCUGGACACCAUUGCACUAUGCUGUAAGACUAAAUAAUGAGAGAGCUGUUGAGCAGAUUCUGCAAGUAAAGAGCAGUGCAGCAUACAUCCCAGCAGGAGGCAAAGAAGGUGAGUGGACAACUGCAGUUCAUAUAGCAGUAAGUGAAGACUCUAUUGUAUUGUUCAAACAAAUAUUACAGCAUUGCCCACUCUGUUGGGAGAUGGUUGAUAGCAAAGGUCAAAAUGUCCUUCAUGAAGCAAUCUUGAAUGAUGCAAGAAAGGUUAUGAAAUUUAUCUUAAAUUCUCCAAAAAUGGAUCACCUUGUUGAUGAGAGAGAUGAGGAUGGUGACACUCCCCUACAUUUGGUUGCUGCUUCCAACAACUAUGUGCCAAAAUUGAUCCCUCAUCCUAGACUGAAGGGUACUGUGAUAUUUAAUAAACAGAACUUGACGCCACUGGACAUUGCUUAUCAAGAACCAGCUUUGGUUGCCUUAAAACCUAUUCUAAUUAAAGUUGGUUGGAAGCGGGGUUGGCGUGGUGACCUAACAAAGAAAACAAAGACGAAUGCUUUCAACAAUGGUGGAACCAGCAGGACGCAGAUGAUACAGAAAAGGAAGGAUCGCGAGGAAAUGUAUAUUAAUAGUGUGGAGAAGGUAGCUAAGACACACAUUCUGGUGGCGACUCUAAUAGCAACAGUAACCUUUGCAGCCGGAAUCACAUUACCAGGUGGCUACAACAACACUCUGGGUGAAACCACUCAAGGGAUGGCAAUUUUAUUAGGAAAAUCAGCUUUCAAAGCGUUUGUUAUUACCAAUGCUAUUGGUUUUGUGUGUUCCAUUGCCUCACUAACUGGAUACAUGCGGUUGGUGGGAGAAGUCUCGGAUACUAAGAGAUUAGAAAUUCUGGAAAAUGUUGGUUUUUACUCAGCUCUUAUGCUUGAUUUAUCCUUGACAGCAGUUGUGCUUGCAUUUGCAACGGGGAUGUUUGCAGUUUUAACACAUUCAUCGGCCCUUGCAGUGGGGCUAUGCAUCAGUAUUUGUAUAGUUGUCUUAGGCCUCAUCAGUUUCCCUGUCUUCAUAGGUUACAAAGAAAAAGGGCUCAUUGUAAGCAAAUUUAAAAAAUACGUGAUAAUAAAGAAAGCUUAAUUAGCUCUCAAUCUCAGAUUCUCAGCUCUCAUGCAUACAACCUAACUUGCAUUGUAGACAUUUUGGUUAGAUACCUUUAUGUAGUUAGUUGGUUUAGCAUUAUAUUUAUAGUUUUAUGCCUGCAAUACUCCUACCUGAAUAUGGAGAAUAUUUCUGCUAAAAGGCCGGCGUUCUGGAUUCCCUUUAAUUUGGUGUGGUGUAAUUGAAAAAGAUUCCAACUUUAAUUUGAAUAUAAUCAGCAAUUUUGUGCUGAAAA